AUGUCGACGACCCAAGACCUCCUGCUCGCCUCACCGGACCUCGACACACAGCUUGUGCUCGGAUUGCUGCAGGCGGUGGCGUGGUGGGUCAUCACCCGCACUCUUGGAGCUCUCAUUGCCCAGUCCUUUAGCACAAAACCGUGGCGUGAUCGGUGGCUCGCUCUGUGCAAGAGCACAAACGAGCGGUCCUACGGCGUCUUCUUUGACGAUGAUGUGGAGCACUUCCACAUGGCAACCAACAUGCUCGCCGUCGGGUUCCAGCACGCCGUCGGCGGUGCGCUCUGUCUGCCGUCGGCGCUCGGCUUCGCCUCUCCGCUUGCCUUUGCCCUGGCACGGCACGGCGCACUCUGCGAAGUUGGGUGGGAGCUGCAAGACGUUGCUGUUCGGCUGACACAGCUGUUGUUCGGCGGCAAGGUCGGCCGCGCACGCAACCCAGCCGGUCUCCUCCUCAUCCUCGGCAUCCACCACGCCAUGGCGCUCUCGCUCGUCAUUCCGGUCAACGUGUUUUACCCCCAACACCGCGGGAUCCACGAAAUGGUCUUCCUUCUGCAAGGCGCAGCCGCUGUCGCCAUGUUUGCCCAGAAUUAUGGCUACACGUUGGACAUCCAGACCAGGCGCGGGCUGCGCGCGAUGAAGGCAAACGUCCUCGUCGUGUGGGCCGUGAUCCUCUGGUCGCGCGUGCUUCGCUUCGCGUGGGUCUUCUCGGUCAUCCUGCGCGAGAUUGUGGAGGAUGGCAACCUGGCACUCUCCGCCGUUGGCGCGGCGGUGGUGCUCGCCAUGUCGUACGUCAACUAUAUCUUCUUUGCCGACGCCACCAAGAAGAUGCUGAAAUUCGGGCGAAUGCGCCCCCCGUCGCCAGACUCGCCCGACGCCAAGCGGCGGCUCUCCGAGGCGGCUGCGCUCGCGCAGGGCGCCUUUGGAGCGACGCGCACGAGCGCCACGCUUCAACGGUGGGCGUCGGGCGAGGAGGACCCGGCAGCGGCGGCGCAGAGGCUUGGAGAGGAGAAGAAGGAGAGGUAGUCCACGAGCGAGCGCUGCCGGGCUGCCCUGCGAGACCUGUCUCUCUGUGGUUUCACUGUGUGACAAGAGUCGAUGUGCGGCGCCGCCGCCGGUGCCCCAGUGUGCGCAGCGGCGCCCGCCAGUUUAGUAAGUCUGGUCAAAGUACAAAGAGAGAGGGGUGGGCGCGGUAUGAACUGUGAGCGCGGCGCCUGAGCGCUCUGCGCUUGGCGUGCGCCCGCAUUUUCGAAAUACGAAAAGAGUUCGCAAGCAAAAA